AUGGGUGAAACUCUUUUGAUUUUUCUUCUAACAAUUACGCUUGCUCCAUCUCUAGUGCUUAUAAACUCUGUCAUUGCAGUAAAUUCAACUGGUGGGUUUUCAAUAAGGUUGAUUCAUAGGGACUCCAAAGAAUCACCUUUGUAUCCAGGUGAUCAUUUGACACGGAAGGAAAGACUCGAGAGACUUAUCGAACAAUCCAAAGCUCGUUCUCGUUACAUCGAGUCACAAAUAUUACUCCAAGGCAGUGCAACAAGCUCGAUCAAUCCCGACUUUGUACGCCUUCCUGUAAGUUACGAAGCACAAAUGUGGUAUGUUGCAGAAAUAGGUUUAGGCACGUUUUCAAAUGGUAGAGGAGGACGACCGUCGUUCAUGACUUACUAUUUGGUGGUUGAUUCGGGUAGUGGAUUUAUUUGGCUUCAAUGCGAUGGUGCCAAUCCAAGUUUCAAUCAAGAUGAUCCUCUGUAUCCUUAUCGUCGUUCACUUACAUUCCAGUUUCAGCCUUGUAGUACCCCCCCUGAACCUAAUUGCAAUAACGGCUUUCUUACUCAUUCUCUAAAUUAUGGCAAUGGAGCCGUUGCAGAUAUUACUCUUGCCUCGGAAAAAUUCACUUUCAACUCGGUUGAGAUUAAUUUAGGCAUGGGCUGUGGUUUUAGCCAACGAAAUUGGGAUGGUCUCUUCGGUACGAAUUAUCGAAGAGGAAAACCGGAUUCUAUUGCCGGAGUACUCGGUUUAGGAUCAGGAGGAUGGUCUUUGGUAACUCAAUUAGGUCCACUUUCACAAAGUAAAUUUUCAUACUGCUUGGAGGAAUUUAACGAUGAAUUAAUUCCAGGACUAAACACAUAUUUAAGGUUCGGUAGCGACGCAACAAUUCGAGGCGGAGGUCCAGUACAUGUGACUUCCAUCGUACUGCCUGGCAUUGAGACACCGCUUUAUUACUUGGUUCUAGAGGAUAUCAGUGUAGGUGAACAACCGGUGGGGUUCCAUCCAGAUGAUUUUACGCUUCGGAGUGAUAGAAGAAAUCGUAGAAUAGGUGGUACUAUCAUUGAUUCGGGGUCUCCAUUUUCCUAUCUGCGCAGGGAACAUUUUCUUAGAGUUGCUCAGUUGGUGGUGAACCAUUUUGCAGCGCAUGGAUUUCCAGUUGCUCGACCCGAAUAUGCAUACAGAGGAACUCUUCCACUUUGUUUCAUUGGUGUCCCCCAGAUGUGGGAUUACUAUCCUACCAUAACAUUUCAUUUUCAGGGCGGCGCCGAUUUUGAAGUGACAGAUCCUUUUGCUCUUUUUGUGCGACAUGAUGAACAUGAUGCUGUGUGUUUAGGCAUUGGUGUCGAGGAAGAGUCUAAAUACGAUUUCAUCUUUGGAGCCAUGCAACAAGUAAAUAAGAAGAUUUUGUAUGAUUUGAAUGUUGCGCAACUCUCCUUCGCUAAUCGGGUUUGCACACAAGAUAGGUGA